UUACCCCAGAUGGGAAGAGUGAAAAUCAAAAAUAUGUAAUCUCUGGUAUUGUUAAGGAUCUUACUAAUCGACCAGAAACUGACCACGAAUUGCGAAUGAUGGGUUAUCUACGUGAAGUUGGUUAUUUCCACGAUUCACGAAGACCAGCUAAUGAUGAAAUGUAUAUAGUAAAAUAUAACAAUACCCUUUAUAUUGGCCCUAGUAAAAGUGGUAUCAAUUCACUUUUUAAAAAUACUAUCCAAUAUCUUUUUUUAAAUAACAUGGAAACGACUAAAGAACGAGUCAGAAAAUUAUUUCAAUAUGCAGAAACAGUGGUUACUAUCAUUGAUGAGAACCCAAAGGCAACUAUUCAAAAACUUGUUAAGAGUUUAAGAUCAAUGAUUAUAUUUCCAGAAGGAAAUAAUGCUACUGAUAUUCAGGAAAAGUAUCAGCAAAAAAAUAACACAUGUUUUGUUAAAAGAUCUGAAACUACCAGGGCAUUGGGUACAAUCGUACAAAGUAUUGAAAAUUUUCUACAAAUGGCAAACAUAGUUAAUAAAUUACCAGAUGAAUUGAAUACUAUAUUAUCAUUAUCUACCUUAUCUGAUCAAGUUAGAAUGGUAAAUCAGAACUUAACAAAGGAUUUUGGUGAUAGCAUGGUUAAGGGUAGCAUCGUUGAGCAACUUGAACUCAAACUUAAUGAAAUUACCAAGCUUCUAGGAAAUUUAGAUAUAGGUGUUCAAAAUGAAAAAUUAGUUUAUGAUAAUAGUAAUAAUGAUAGUUCAACUAUUUCAACGUUAUCUGUAUGUGCUGCUAUCAUUGUUCUGUCAGUCUUGUUGAGUAUGGUUUCUCCACUACCAUAG